AUGCCGCCCAAACCCCGCAACCCCGUCGCAGCCGCUGCUUCCUCCACCACCGCCGCCAUCACCUCCGACACCCCGCUCUUCCUCCCCUCGGCGCUCGACGAUGACUCCGACGACGACUCCCUCGAGCCGCCCAUCCGCGCCGAAGAGUCGCCCAUCCGCACCGAAAUCACCCCCGGGCUGCUCCCACCGACGGCCACCCCCGCGCCCCCCGCCCAGUUCACGCUCUCCGACGACGGCGACGGUGACGGCGACGGCGACAGUUCCUCCGAGCCCGCCUCGGACGACGACGACGACCCCGUGGUGUGCAGCUACAACAUCCAGAUCACCUCGCCCGUGGCGCCCGACCUCUACGUGUUCCAGUACCCCGUGCGGUCGCGGCAGAAGCCGUACACCAAGGCCGAGUCGUCGUGCCCCGUCGAGGCGCGCUUCAAGCCGCGGUCGGGCCUGGUCGAGGUGGAUGUGCCGGUGAAUGUGCAUGUCAACUACGACGAGGAGAAGGGCAAGACGUGGGGGGAUGUGCUGCGCAAGGCGGGGAGGGAGGCGGCGGGGAAGGCGCUGCCGGGCGUGGGGGGUGCCGCGGGGGCGAAUAAGAGGAGGAAGGUGGAGGAGGAGGAGGAGGACGAGGAGGGCGCGGAGGAGGAGGUGGAUGUGGGUGCGAUGGACUUUGCGGAGGCGUUGAAGAGGGGGCGGGUGUUGGAUCGCCAGACGCUGGGGAGUAGGAUACAGGCGGAUAAUACAAAGUAUAUGGUGGGCGUGUUUAAGAAUGAUCAAUUAUAUCUUACACCAAUCACAUCGACCCUACAGCUGCGCCCGCAGUUCCACCACGUCGACACCGCCGUCGAGGCCGAGCGCGCAGCGUCAAAGGCCGCGCGCGACGCAUCGGCGCCGCAGAAACCGCAGGAGGCCCGCGCGGUGCAUCUGUCCGUCAAGAACUCUGACGACCCGUCGUCGCAGCUGAGCAAUACGAUGAAGGCGCUCCGUGUUGCGGAGGAGGAGGAGUGGACGAAGCUGCACUGGGUCGACCAGGACACGGAGGAUGCUUGGGAAAUGUAUGAGGUCUCGUGCCUGAAGGAGGGCGAAGGCGGCCUGCUGAAGAAUGUCACAGGGAAGGCGGAGUAUAUGGAGUGGCUGAGUACGGGGAAGCCGAUCGUGAAGAAGAAGGAGAUAAAGGUGGAGGCGGCUGCGGUAUGA